GAAUCGACCGGAUGACCUUGAGGUGUCCAGACGCACACGUCCUUUGGAUUUACCCUUGAUAACUACUGUGGGGUAGUUUUUAUCUUCAGAAUGUCAGGUUUGUAAUUUUUUCUCGCUAUAGCGCAAGUCACCACACCAUGUUUGCAUGCCUAGUUUUCCACUAACAACCCCAUAGGAUUUCUUUUUUACCUCCACUUACGUGCUGUUCUCUCUGAUUUUUCAUGUGAACGAUCAGUUUUGAACGUUAAAAAGUUUGAUAGAAAAUCUUUAUCCUUUCGUAAUACAAACUAUAGGUUAAUGCCGUGAUGGGUUGAUUCUACAGCUUUGUAUGGCUACUCAAUUUUUAUCCAGUUCACUCCAUCACUAAAAUAGUUCCUCGAAUAAUUGGUUCUAGUUUUGCUGCAUACCUCACUUAUAUCUAUCUAUUCACACCUAUAGGUAAGUUUCCGUUCUUGACCUAGCAAUGCUUAUAACGUCAAAGCUCUCCACAUGUUUCCUUAGGAGAAUGUUACUUCGAAUCCAUCUCGGUGAAGGGUCAGCAACUUAAUCACGGAUUCUAUUUUUGACUACCACUUCUUACAGUCAUAAAAUAUGAUCCAGUGCGGCACCAAGCCUAAAACCACAGCUGGAUGCUGUCACGUAACCUACAAGGUACUUCUCUUUGUAAUCUAAAUUUCUGAGGCGUGAUAUUUGGAGAUAACAGACAUGUUGACCACUGACGCAUGCACACCAUAAAGAAAUUGUCAAAUAAUGCUAAGGUUAUAGAGCGCAGGGCGAAACUAUAAUUUAUGGACGACCUCGGAACGAAUCUUUUGUGACUGAGAAAUAUUAGCCAAUCAGGAAACAGUUAAUAUAGAGUAAAAUAUAUUAUAUAAAACCAAGGAAUCAAAGUGGAUACACUUCUUUUACAUGGUUCAAAAAAACGUUUCAAGGUCUGAAAGGGGUUCAGAGGUUCUAAAGUCGUAAUGCAUACAGUAGAAGAGCCCAUCCACAUGGUUCUAUAAUAGUCGGCCUCUGGAGCCAUGAUAAGGUCGCAAAAGCUCUUUUGGCCUUGACUACACGGCUUCAAUAUUGUCAUUGUGCACUUUGGUUGUUGGGUCCACAAAAUGACGCUUAUGGAUAACGUCAUGAUGCACAUAACCAAGUCUAUGCAGGCAUCUGUACGCUCUCCAAUCAUCUGUAUAUGUUGUAGUGCCUGGUUGCAGAUAUUCCCGUAUAAUUGUUAUUAUUGUCGUCGCCUAUCGGUUUCUGACCCGCUGGAAGUGUCUCUUUUGGGAUGACCUGCUGUAAAUUUGAAGGACCUGUGAGGUAAAUUUAUGGAAGUACUACUUACCCAGUCUUCUUUAAUACUACGUCCUCUGUUAAAUUUUCGUUUCCUGACUACUGUUUCGUCUAUUUCAACGAUUCUCCCGACUCUUCGAAACGAUAUGUGUAGGCUUGUCAUUUUUAUUGCACAUAUAUCUCUACAAUACUCAUACCACUAAACAGCUGAAGCUUCAGUAACAUCUGCAAAGGUUGCAGCCAGUGUUACGAAUGCUCUUAUUAUCCAGUUCGCAACAAUUAACAUAAUUUGCCCUAGUCUAGAUCUGGAUCGAGCGAAAUAAGUUCCUGUUCUUCCUCCAACAUAAAUAACAUCAAAAGACGUCAUCACGGUAGUCUGCACGUGGUACAGCAGUCAUUUGAUUACCGCAAUCGCAAAUAAAGGAUUUUCAUAGUAAUCUCAUUUGUUGUAGCCGCUCGAUUAUCACGUCUUCUUUGAAAUCUGCCUUAAACCGAUCAUACGUUUGCAUUAGGUACUGAAAUUGGCGUCGUGACCUUGAAACCCCUCAAACGCUUCUGGCUGGCUUGUCCAUAAAUUAUACUGUCAUCGUUCGGGCCUCGACCAAGUAAUCUACAUCCACCAACAUGGUUCACACCAGAAGUUAGUGACUUCAAGCACUGAUGCCACGUUUUGGUUUGACCGCCCCUAACUUUCUUCUAAUUAUCCCUAACACCGGUUAGCAUUGCACGUCGUGGUAAUCGGUGUUCAGGCAUACUCAACAAGUGGCCCAACCAUCUCAGUCGAUGAAAAUACAUAACCUCAUUAACUGAUUUACCAUCAUUCCCUAAUACCCUGCGUCUAACUUCACUAUUACUUACCCGGUGAUACCAGCAAUAUUUCUAAGGCAUCUGUGGUCAAAUACUUGUAGCUUACGAGUAUCUUCUACUCUUUAUGACCAUGUUUCGCAGCCGUAAAUUAAAACAGAACGAAUUGCCGUGCAGUUAAAUCGUCCUUUUAUUGAUAGACGGAUAUUUCGCCUUCUUUAUAGGUGGGGUAAUUUGACAAAAGCCAAACAAGCCUUUCGAAUCCGUACAGAGAUUUCGUCAGAUACCAACCCAUUAGGGCUGGUAAGAUUUGCAAGACAAGUGAAGGUAUUGAUGCAUUCAACUGCUUUACUUCCUACGUAGCCGUUUAUCCUAUAAGUGUCUCCUUUGUGGUUAUAUGAAGUGCACCUAUGUAACGGCUUACGUUGUUCCUGUUAUUCUGUCUAAUUUCAUUGGUAGGACUUGAUUAAAGUGUCAUUCUGUUACUGGUACAGCUAAUCUUUGAUUGAAUCACCACUAUAGUCUUUUAAGCCAUAUCUUUGUACUAUAGAAAAGCAUAUCUAUUGUUAUAAGUUCUACUUUGAUUAACCCACCUCUCAUUCUUCAUUGUUACUAUGACCUAUAGUCUUUUAUCUCUUGGCAAUAUUAUUAUUCUGUCCUUUGAUCCCUCAUUAUUUGUGUAUACCAGUUAUAUUUAAACUAAAUAACAUAAGUUGUUUUGUACUAGUCGUAAUCAUACUAGAUACUGACUAUGUUUUCAUCACGGUCAUGAUUGUUCCUAAUUCUUUCCCACAUGCUUAUCUUAUACCUGAUAUCGAUCCCAGGUGUCAUGUCUGUCGACCAUUGUUAUUUUCACCCUCUAGGACAUUGUAGUUAGUGUCCAUAGGUCGAGGCUAAAUGUUGUGUUCCCGAUAUCUCAAACAAUAUCAUAUUGUUCCAGUUAUAUAGCCGUAAUAUUGUUAUGGUUUAAUACCGUGUAAUUAUAGAUUUUCGAAACGCUUUCUGGAGCUAAUUAAUUUAGCUUAAAAUUUUCUAGAUCCGUUCUAUGUUGAAGGGGAUCUGGAAGAUUUUGAAGAGGAUGAUCCUGAACGUCAGUUUUAUGGAGAUGAACAAUGUAAUGAGGAUGAUGAAAUCACGCCAGAUAUGUGGCAGGAAGCUUGUUGGAUUGUUAUAAGCAGCUAUUUUGACGAAAAGGGCUUAGUCAGACAACAGUUGGAUUCUUUUGAUGAAUUCAUCCAAACAUCAAUUCAGAAAAUUGUUGAAGAUUCUCCGAUUAUCGAGUUACAAGCAGAAGCCCAGCAUAGUGGUGGAAUUUUAGAAACUCCUGUUCAAUAUCGUCUAAAAUUCGAACAAAUCUAUUUGAGUAAAGCUACUCAUUGGGAAAAGGAUGGCUCCUCCGUGCCGAUGACACCCAAUGAUGCAAGACUACGAAACUUGACUUAUGCAGCACCGCUUUACGUCGAUGUAAUGAAGAAAAUAAUUCGUGAUGAAAUUGAAGAGGAAAAGCCGUUAGAAAAGAAGUUUAUAGGCAAAAUUCCGAUUAUGUUGAGAUCUACAUAUUGUCUUUUAUCAGUGAUGAGUGAUCGUGAUCUGGCUGAAUUAAACGAAUGUCCUCUAGAUCCUGGCGGAUAUUUCAUCAUUAAUGGAUCUGAGAAAGUUUUGAUAGCACAAGAAAAAAUGGCUACGAAUACAGUGUAUGUUUUUAAACAAAAGGAUAGUAAAUAUGCUUACAAGACAGAAAUUCGAUCAUGUCUUGAGCAUAGUUCCCGGCCAGCUAGUACAUUAUGGAUUAAUAUGAUGGCACGUGGUGGUAAAGAUGGCAGCAAACGAGCUACUAUUGGUCAAAGAAUUGUGGCUAUUUUACCAUAUAUAAAACAAGAGAUUCCAGUGUUAAUUGUGUUUCGUGCAUUAGGUUUUGUCGCUGAUCGUGAUAUAUUAGAACAUAUUAUUUAUGAUUUUGAUGAUACAGAAAUGCGUGAAAUGAUUAAACCUUCCUUAGAUGAUGCAUUUGUAAUUCAGGAACAAAAAGUUGCACUUAAUUUCAUUGGUUCUCGUGGUGCUCGACCUGGUGUAACGAAAGAAAAGCGUAUAAAAUAUGCCAAAGAAAUCCUUCAAAAAGAAACUUUACCACAUGUUGGAGUAUCAGAUUUUUGUGAAACACGUAAAGCUUACUUUUUAGGCUAUAUGGUUCAUCGUUUAUUGUUGGCUGCAUUAAAACGUCGUGAUGUUGACGAUCGCGAUCAUUAUGGGAAUAAACGAUUAGAUUUAGCUGGUCCGCUUCUUGCAUUUUUAUUUCGUGGAUUGUUUAGAAAUCUUACUAAAGAAAUUCGUUUAUAUGCUCAAAAAUUCAUAGAUAAGGGCAAAGAUUUUAAUUUAGAAUUGGCAAUUCGUAGUCAAAUUAUUACAGAUGGUUUAAAAUAUUCACUUGCUACGGGUAAUUGGGGUGAUCAGAAAAAAGCAAAUCAAGCACGUCCAGGUGUUUCACAGGUGCUUAAUCGUUUAACAUUCGCAUCCACUUUAUCACAUUUAAGGCGACUUAAUUCACCUAUCGGAAGAGAUGGAAAAUUGGCAAGACCUAGACAAUUGCAUAACACUUUAUGGGGUAUGAUUUGUCCAGCUGAAACACCUGAAGGUCAUGCUGUGGGAUUAGUGAAAAAUCUUGCUUUAAUGGCAUAUAUUUCAGUUGGAAGUCAACCAUCACCUAUUUUAGAAUUCUUAGAGGAGUGGAGUAUGGAGAAUUUGGAAGAAAUCGCUCCUUCAGCUAUUGGAAAGACUUGUAAAAUAUUUGUCAAUGGCUGUUGGGUUGGUAUCCAUAGUUCACCAGAUCAUUUAAUGGGUACUCUACGAAAACUACGUCGUCAAGUUGAUGUCAUUGUCAGUGAAGUCAGUAUGAUUCGGGAUUAUCGUGAUCAAGAGAUACGAAUUUAUACAGAUGCUGGUCGUAUUUGUCGUCCAUUAGUUAUUGUUGAAAAAGGAAAAUUACUAUUGAAACGUAGUCACAUUGAACUUUUAAAAGAUAAGGCGUAUAAUCGUUACAGCUGGCAAGAUCUUGUACUCAGUGGUGUAGUUGAGUAUAUUGAUACUUUAGAAGAAGAAACUGUUAUGAUUGCUAUGGGCCCAGCAGAAAUGCAAGCUGCUGUAAAUUAUUGUAAAACACAUACACAUUGUGAAAUUCAUCCAAGUAUGAUAUUAGGUAUAUGUGCUAGUAUUAUACCAUUCCCUGAUCAUAAUCAAUCACCAAGAAAUACAUAUCAAAGUGCUAUGGGUAAACAAGCUAUGGGUGUGUAUAUUAGUAAUUUUCAUACAAGAAUGGAUACAUUGGCUAAUGUAUUAUAUUAUCCACAAAAACCAUUAGUUGCUACACGAUCUAUGGAGUAUUUACGUUUUAGAGAACUUCCAGCAGGUAUUAAUGCAAUUGUUGCAAUUGCAACAUAUACCGGUUAUAAUCAAGAAGAUUCUGUUAUUAUCAAUGAAAGCGCUAUACAACGUGGUUUCUUCCGAUCAGAAUUUUAUCGUACUUAUAAAGAUCAAGAAACACGACAUGGUAUGGAUUUAGAAGAAGUGUUUGAAAAACCAAAUCCACAAAAUUGUCAGGGAAUGCGUCAUGCUAUCUAUGAUAAAUUAGAUGAUGAUGGAUUGAUUGCACCUGGUACCAGAGUUUCUGGCGAUGAUGUAUUAAUUGGUAAAACAAUUACUUUACCAGAGAAUGAAGAUGAGAUGGAAGGUGGACAAAGACGAUAUACUAAACGUGAUGCUAGUGUAUUUAUGCGUCGCAGUGAAUAUGGUAUAGUUGAUCAAGUUAUGGUCACAUGGAAUAAUGAAGGCAAUAAAUUUUGUAAAGUACGUGUACGUACUACAAAAGCACCACAAGUUGGUGAUAAAUUCGCUAGUCGACACGGACAAAAAGGUACUUGUGGUAUCCGUUAUCGUCAAGAAGAUAUGCCAUUCACAUGUGAAGGAAUCACACCAGAUAUUAUUAUUAAUCCACACGCUAUUCCUAGUCGUAUGACUAUUGGACAUUUAAUUGAAUGUUUACAGGGUAAAGUUAGUGCAAACAAAGGUGAAAUUGGUGAUGCUACACCAUUUAAUGAUGCUGUAAAUGUACGUAAAAUUUCAUUACUUUUACAAGAGUAUGGCUAUCAACAUACCGGUAAUGAAAUUAUGUAUAAUGGAUUUACUGGAAGAAAAUUAAAUUCACAAAUUUUCUUAGGACCAACUUAUUAUCAACGUUUAAAACAUAUGGUUGAUGAUAAAAUUCAUAGUCGUUCUCGUGGACCUGUUCAAAUACUUAAUCGUCAACCUAUGGAAGGUCGUAGUCGUGAUGGUGGUCUACGUUUUGGUGAAAUGGAACGUGAUUGUCAAAUAGCUCAUGGUGCAGCACAAUUUUUACGUGAACGUUUAUUUUUUGCUAGUGAUCCAUAUCAAGUGUAUGUUUGUAAUUUAUGCGGUCUUAUAGCAAUUGCUCAUCAACGUAAUAAGACUUAUGAGUGUAGAAGCUGUAAAAACACAACUCAGAUUUCUUUAGUGAAAUUACCCUAUGCCUGUAAAUUAUUAUUCCAAGAAUUAAUGUCAAUGUCAAUUGCACCGAGAAUGAUGAUCAAUAGUCCUACGGCUUACUAAUAUAAAAAAAGAAUGUAACAAAGGAGAGAAGGAAUGAAUUACCAUCUGUCCAUGCGUUUCAUGUUUUAUAAUUAUCAUCAUUAUUCAUAUUGUAUUAAGGCUUGUUUUUUUUCGUUUUUUCUCUGUACAUACAACUUUUCUGCAUUAUCA